GGCUUCUGCAGAGAUGGCUUUCAUAGCCCAUCCGCACUAGAUCUACCGCAAAUGUCACUGUAUUUUCCUAGCGGAUGUAUCCUUCAGUGCCAAGCGGGUGAUGCGGCUGGGUCACGGCGGAGCGAUUUGCAUAGCGACAAAGAAACGUGUCGACAAAGAGCUGAUGUUGAGGCGCGGGGUGAGACGUUUCUUGGAGCCGUAGCCAUGCUGCAAGCGUUAAAAUCUGAACGAACGAUAGACGAAAAGACAUAAUACCUUCGCCAGAUCAGUGGAUAGAAUCCUGGAAAUCAUGGAAAGGAAAAGGUGGGAGUACUCGGCUCUCCCAAAGGGCUGGAAAAGGGAAGAAGUGACCAGAAAGUCGGGUUUGUCUGCGGGGAAAAGCGAUGUCUAUUAUUUUAGCAGAGGUGAGGAAGAGGAGGAAGAGCAGAGGCGCGAGAGAGGGGAGGCGGGUCGUUUGUUUAGUUUGUGUCCUACUGGAAAGAAGUUCCGGAGCAAGCCCCAGCUGGCACGUUACCUUGGCAACUCCAUGGAUCUCAGCUCCUUUGAUUUUCGUACAGGCAAGAUGCUCAUGAGCAAACUGAACAAGAACAGACAGAGACUCCGCUACGACAACAACAAUCAGACCAAGGGCAAACCAGACCUGAACACGUCUCUCCCAGUCCGGCAGACAGCCUCCAUAUUUAAGCAGCCAGUCACGAAAGUUACCAACCACCCCAGCAACAAAGUCAAAACAGACCCACAGAAGGCUGUCGACCAGCCAAGACAGCUGUUUUGGGAGAAGAAGCUGAGUGGCCUUAAUGCUUAUGACAUCGCUGAGGAGCUGGUAAAAACCAUGGACCUUCCCAAAGGUUUACAGGCAGGUGUUGGUCCUGGGUGCACGGAUAAGACCCUGCUGUCUGCAAUUGCAAGCGCCCUGCACACCAGCUCUGCUCCCAUCACAGGCCAGCUGUCUGCAGCUGUGGAGAAGAACCCUGGAGUGUGGCUCAACACAGCCCAGCCCCUCUGCAAAGCUUUCAUUGUCACGGAUGAGGACAUCAGGAAACAGGAGGAGCUGGUGUACAACGUGAGGAAGCGUCUGGAGGAGGCUCUGAUGGCUGACAUGCUUGCCCAUGUUGAGGAGGCAGCCAGUGGUGGGGAGGCACUCAAGGAUGAGGGGAACUGCCACGACGACAAAGACGACGUAUAGCAAAGGGUGGUUACAUGUGUCUUGAGCUGCCUGCAUACAGGUGCAUCAACACGAGUCAUAGAUCCAGGACCAGAACUCCCCACUCCGACAGAUCAACACCUUCACCAGGAUGCUGUAGUUCUCUGUGGGACACUAAUCUAAACCCCACUGGUUGGGAUUCCUUUCCAAGACUGUCAGUUCGAUUUUAAGCAUAACCUUUGGGGAGGGGGGGGAGGGGGGGUUGUACGUUUUUACUGUCUAUAAGAACAAUGUUUAUAGGUUCCAGAUUUGAGAGUGGCACUACCAUGUGUUAUGAGAGUGUCUGUAGGAUUGAAAUGGAGUGAUGUGACAAUCAGGUCAAACUUUAAUCCUCCAGUCAGUGCAGGUGAGGAGAUGGAGAAUUAACUAGUCCUUUAGGGAUGCAAUCAUCUAUGGUCCAGACCCAGAGAUGUGAGGAAAGGAUGAGAUCCUGUAGAGCGCACUGCUGAAGGAGUCGCGUGAAAAGCAUGUAGAGUCGUGGAGGCCCGAUAGACUCGGUCUCCGCGCUUCUUUCUUUUGUAUUAUGCUCACAGGAGAUCCGUCAUUUGGACUAGUCUAGGGCAGCAGGACCUGAGGAGUGUAAAUUCCAUGGAGUUUCGCACAAACCAUCUCAUAAAAACUUUAGAAACAUCUAGGGGUGGAGUUAGGGAGUGGAGCUGGCAGAUUCUUACGAUUACUUUUUAUAUUAAAUAUAACUCAAUGUGAAAGCAGAUUGAUUUAGAAAGACGUUAAAAAAUGUUCGUCAUUCUAUGUGGAGCGGGGGGACGGGGGUUUCGGAUUUGAUUGUUCUGUCAAACUGCCACAAAGGUAUUUGAGCUUUUUACGUUUUCCAUGAUGUAUAGGCGUUGAUUGAAAUUGUUAAAGGUUAUCUUGGGCACAAAUCUAUAGAGAUAAGCAAAACAGCUGUUAUUCAUUUGUGUUUCAUCAAUUCAUGAUGCUUAUUGAAAUGACUAAUGUUCUCUUAUAUGUUGUUUACACUAGCCACUCUAAACCGCAAUCACAGAGCUUUAAAUCUGGACUCGGUAUCAAAAAUAUGGUGACUCCAUGUUUUAUGGUUUGUUUUUUGUUUUUUUUGUAUUUUGUUUUUUUUUCCUUAAAUGGAUGCACCUUGCCAGGUUUAAACUACAUAUUCGCUUCUCUGAAAAGAUGUUAGUUCAGUGCGUUUGAAACAUCUUGCACUACAGCACCUGUGGGCUGCUCAGUUUGCGUUGACAUUUUGCAGAGUAAAGCGUUUGUUUGA